AUGAUUCCAUGGUUGAUGACUGCCUGUUUCUACCCUUGCAUUAUAGGUCCCGAUUUCUGGGGCCUUGUUAACAAGCAUUGGCGAAUGUGUACAACAGGGCAACUACAAUCACCGAUCAAUGUAGAUCCGUCGGUGCUGCUAUACGAUCCUGGUCUCCUACCUCUUCAUAUUAAUAAACACCAGGUGCAAGCAACACUGGAAAAUAUGGGUCAGCUACCAUUGAUCACUAUCAAUGAUUCAUUGAUCGAACAUGGAAAUAUCAAUAUCAGUGGUGGUCCUUCAUCACCGUACAGGUAUCGACUGCACCAUGUUGUGGUACAUUUUGGACUAGUAGCCAAUGAUGAACGAGGCUCGGAGCACACCAUCGAUCGAGUUCGAUUUCCAGCUGAGAUACAACUACUAGCGUACAAUACUGAUUUAUAUUCCAAUUUCACGGAAGCAAUGUCACAGUCACGUGGUCUUUUGGCUAUCUCAAUAAUUGUUGAUCUGGGUACUGUAUCAAACACCGAGUUACGAAAAUUAACUGUUGCUUCGCAGAGUAUUACUUACAAAGGCACAAAAACAAUACUUAAACGAUUCAGUGCAUAUGGACUUCUACCACAAACUCAAGAUUAUAUAACAUAUGAGGGGUCGCUAACAUUUCCAGGUUGCUUUGAAACAGUUACCUGGGUUAUCAUGAAUAAUCCCAUAUAUAUCACCAAAGAAGAUCUUCAAAUUUGGAAUGAUCUUCAGCAAACUGAAACCAAGCAGCUUAGUCCAGUUUUAAUGUCACCCAAUUAUCGUCCAUUAAAACCUCUUAACGGACGUCUUUUGCGCACAAAUAUUAAUAUCAAAUAUAAGGCCAAAUCACCACAGUCAUGUCCGAGCAAUUUAUAUAUCGAUAUGGGAUACAAAGCAAAUCCCAGACGCUCUCUCAUGUCCUCAACAGUUCUGAAACGAAGUUUAAAUGAUAAUAGUUCAGAAGCCUUUUAA